UCGCUUGUGUUGGGCUGGCGACGCGCUAGUCAUUGCCGCCAUUUGAAAUAAACGGAAAGCAACAAAAGAAGUUUGGAUAAAUAAACUUUAAUUAUUUGUUAUUUGUGUGUUUGUGUUAAGUGAAAAAAAAAAAAAAAUGGACGACCUACAGGACAUAAUGCGCUAUAUAUCCAAGCUUCAGCUGGAAUUGGAAGCAAUACGCAAGGCGCACUUUGAGGAGCUGGACCAGCUAUUUUUCGGCAUAACCUCUGCUGUAGCAGACGUAAAACCUACAGAAAUUGUGCCACCCGUACAACUUAGCAGUACCUCCGUAACGCCGCAGCAGACGAAGAAGCGACCCAAGCGUCUGACCUCCCUUGUCGAAGAUGAUGGCGACGAAGAGUCCAUUGCCGCCAGCGAGGUCUCACAGCGCCAGAGCGCACGCAUGAGCAAUUCACAGCUGUUGGCUGUGGCCCAGGAAGAGGAUGUGAUCAACACUACGGGUACGCUGAUGCCACCGCCGCCAGCGCCUGUCACAGCUGCAGCCGAAACCAGCAUAAGCACCGGACGUCCGCAGCGUGCCGCCAAAUUGCGCACUGAGAGAAAACUCAAGGAGCCACAUUUGAAUACUAAAUUGCGGCGACCCAGCGAGGAGGAGACGGUCAAGAUUAAGCUAGAAAGUGAACAGCGCGCCUCGCAGCUGCACAGAAUCAGUUCGUCAAGCAUUACCCAAGCAGAAGCUGCGCCUGUGGUGGCCGCGCCUAAUGAACCACCAGUACCUGCAGAGGAGCAAAAGGUGGAGGAGCCCGAACGGGGCACCACUAACUUCCGUAUAAAGGUCAAGCGCGAGAAGCUGAGCGUCGACACCACAGCAUCAACGACGGCCACACUGGAAGUCACAAAAUCAGUCACGAAUGAAACAAGCGUGCUCUCAACAACAGCAGCCAACAACACAACAACCGGAAACGCCAAGAAGGGCCGCAAAAAGAAAGAAGCGCACAAGCCCAUCAAAGUUGAACGGUUCAGCGAUAUUGAUAAGAACUUGCCUGUGUCAUCGCGCACCCGUCUAGGCAGCAACGGCGCACGCAAUUCGCAGGAGUCCCAAGCACCGCCCCCACAGGCCUCCAUAUACGAAGAUGCAGUGGAUGAUGUAGCCAACGCAACUGGUACUGUCGGCGCAGUUGCCGCCAAUGAAACCGUGACCUUGGCCCAUGGAACAGUUGGUGCAGGUGUUAACGAGGUCACGUUUGAUAUGCCUACAUCAAAUGCUGCAAUGCAAUUGAGUGAUCACAUGGCAAGCAAUGCCACAUUCCAGGUGGAUGCCGGCGCCACAGACUCCGAAAAGGACCAAUCCAUGAAGACAGCACGCGAGGGCAGCAUACCCGAAACGGCUCAAAAUAACAGUCUCAUGACCGAAGAUGAGUCGGUGCACGAGGCAGCAAAAGCAACGACAAUCAAUGCAAAUCCUGUACCCAAGGUGCCCACAUCCAUAAAGGGCAUCAAGAUGCCAGCGCGCACACACGAGCUGUUCAAUCCGCUGCUGCAGAGUCCAGUGAAGAUGCGUGUGGAGGCAUUCGAGAAUGCGGCCAAUGCACAAACUAAUCUGCGCUCCAAGCGCAUCAAGGACGCGGGCACGACCGGUUCUAGCACAACGCCGCUUAUUGGCAAGCUGGCAGCUCCAACGCUGGGACGUUUCCUCACACCAACGCAGAGCUCUAAUGCGUUGCCAGUGAACUCAGCACAGCCUAAGAAGGCACCCAUGAGCGCCUGCAAAGCCACAACGCUAAUGAAAACAGCGACUGGCACAAAUCUAAAAUCAACCAAUUCGAGCUCCAGCAAAACUUUAACACGUGAGAACAGUGGCGAAGAUUUUCGCAAGGGGCUGCAUCUGUUGGCCGAGGAGCGUAAGAAACAGCGCGAGCAGAAGCAUCUGCAGGCGGCACAGUUGCGCGAGGCCAAGGAACGUGAGCGUGCCGAGCGCAUGGCCAAGCUGGCCAAGGAGCGCGAGGAGAAGCGCAUCAAGAAACAGCAGGAAAAGGAAAAACUGGAGCAGCGCAAGCGAAUGGAAAUGGAGGAGCUGCAGCGUAAGCUGCUCCAGCAGGAGGAGGCCGAGCGGAUCAAGAAACAGGAGCGUGAGCUGUUGCAGCAAAUGAAGCUGCAACAACUAAACGCGGCCAAGGCAAAGCAAAUGAUGCCGCCGCCACCGAAAUCAAAAUACACAUUCGAAAUGCUGCACGAGGAUGAUUCCACCGAUGAUGAGGGCAAGGUCUCCUACAAGCGGCCACCAGUGCCAAGCUGGAGUCGCUCUCAUGUGCGCGGCGCUGCGAUUUGUGUACAAACUUUUUGCCCAACGGAUAUCAUCGAUAGCUUCUUCUCGGUGGCGCCACAAACACCGGAUCUGAAGAAGAUAUUCCCCAACAUUGAUCCCAGUCAUUUGAAGCGCAACUCCAGCGUGCUCUGGUCGACGCCCCCACGCUACUCCGAGUUGCCCAAAUAUUAGGCAUACUUAAGUUUAUUUUUUAAUAUUGCAAUCAUAUAUAGCUCUUGUUUAUACCGGCAGUUGCCGCAUGUUUUUCUUACAUUGCUUCAGUUUGUUUCGCUACACAAAUUUUUGUACUCAAUACUAAAUAAAUUAUGAGAAAAUAAACAUAAACAAAAGGCCAAUGGAGAGCGAUGCGUCCGCAUUGACCGCAAAA